AUGAAAAUCUUCGAUGAAGAGCCGAUUUUUUUAUUGAGCUCGAUGAUUUUAUUUCACUUUCGCCUACCGUUUUUCUAUCUAUUCCUAAAAACACCCGAAGAAGAGAAGAAAGCAAUCAUCUAUCGAAUUUAUAAAUGGAUUGCUGUUCAUGUUUUGCUCGCUUCAAUUAUUCAUUAUGUUUCCGCAGGGCUCAUAUUCAGUAUGUAUUUUAUCGAAGAUGUUAUUUAUAGUUUCAUAGUGAUUAGUGUAAUUGCUGUUUUCUAUAUGUUCGAUCUAUCCGACACUGGUUUUUUGUUAUUGAUAUCGAUUCAAAGAUUCGUAAUCAUUGCAGAUAUCCAAAAAUUAGUUAAAUUCGUUCAAGGAAAAUGGUUAAUUUCUCUCCUUUCGCUGAAUUAUAUUGUUGUUCUCGUUAAGGUUUAUUUUAAGCUUGGAUUAUUAAAUCCUCCAAAACUAUGCACCUAUUAUUCUUACUUAACUGGUGAUUUUUAG